UGGUGGGAGGGGCCUUGUGACGUCAGCAACAGGUGGCUCCAUCCUGGUGCUGCAGCUUGUCCUCACGCAGCCGCUGCGCAUGCACGCGGCUCAGUACGUCCCCGUGUCCUCGCCUCGCGCGCACGCAGAAGCGGAGCUGCCGCACGAGACCACUGCAGCACGACACGGCGCGUGCACCGCAACGUACAUCAAACAGUAACGGAAGAAGAAAAAGGAGAGAAGGUGUGAAGACACAGAGGAACAGACAAAGGAACAGACAGAGCAACAGACAGAGCAACAGACAGAGGAACAGACAGAGGAACAGACAGAGGAACAGACAGAGCAACAGACAGAGCAACAGACAGAGGAACAGACAGCAACAGACAGAGCAACAGACACUGUGACGUCCUCUGGUUUUCUUGUUGCCCUGCUCUCCAUGGGGGUUAGAUGUCGCCGUGCAGCGGUGCAGGAGCUGAGCUCAAGGGCACUUCAGCAGACAGGAAGUGAAGACUGAAACUCGGUUCCUCAAGUGCAGGUGUGGCCCCAGAGUCCUGUCUUCUUUUCCUCUUCUCUCUGUUCCCUUCUUCAUCCUGCUCCUCUCUCUCUCUCUCUCUCUCUCUCUCUCUCUCUCUCUCUCUCUCUCUCUCUCUCUCCCUCUCUCCCUCUCUCUGUGUGAUGCCGGGCCGUGGGGGGGGUGAAUGCCCGUGACCAGACUGAAGCUGGGGAAGCUAAAGGUGGUGCGGCGGCAGCUGCUGCAAAGGUAUGAACACCAGCCGUUUGUCUCCUGUCUCGCCGGCCUCUACGGUUGCCAAUGGAGACGAUACCAAAGAGUCUGGGCGCAACCAGGAGAGUGCUGCUGCAGCAAGGUGGAGUGUGGCAGUUUUGGCCUCCUGAUCCUCACCUUCUUCCUGAGUUUUGUGUUCCUCUAUUUCUGGAGUGAAGCUCAGAACGACUACAACGACUUUGACUGGUUUAACUUUGGGACUCUGGGCUUCUGGUUCCCCUGGUCACUGGUCCUGCUGGUUGUUGCUGCUGCUCUCUUCACAUACAUCGCUCUACUGCUGGUGUUGGCGGUGUGUCUGCUCACUGAGGGUCAGAGACUUUACCUCCACUGGAGCCACAAGACGGGCAUUGUGGUGACGUUGGCGUUCACCGUCACAGCCACGGCCAUCCUGUCUGACCUCUGGAGCAAAGAAUGGAAGACUCUGCUCCUCUCCCUGCAGGUGACGGCACCUUUCCUCCAUGUGGCUGCAGUCUCACUAAUGGCGAUUCUCUCGUGGCCGAUAGCGUUACACUUCUUCCGCAUGAACAGGAAAGGGCGUCAGGUGGCCGUCCUGGGUCUGUACCUGUCUGUGCUGUUCUGUCUGUACCUGGUUCCUCUGGGAAUGUACUCGCCCUGCAUCAAAGAGGCAGGGACACUGGGACCAGCUCCAAAACUAAUCGGACACAGAGGAGCUCCAAUGCUGGCUCCAGAAAAUACUGUGAUGUCGUUCGAGAAGGCAGUGGAAGCUGGAGGAGAAGGACUGGAGACCGACGUCACCAUCAGUUAUGACGGUGUCCCCUUCCUCAUGCACGACUCCACCCUCAGGAGAACCACUGACGUAGCCGAGGUUUUCCCAAAUCGAACGCACCUCGAUGCCUCCAUGUUCACCUGGGCCGAGCUACAGCAGCUGAACGCCGGCCACUGGUUCUUAUCGAGGGAUCCAUUUGGUACCGCGUGGUCCCUGUCGGAGGUGGACCGCUCGCAGGCCCAGAACCAGUCUGUUCCCUCACUGGCCCAGUUCCUGGAGGUAGCAGCUCGUAGUGGCAGGCUGGUAAUGUUUGACCUGCGUAGGCCACCGUACGGACAUCCCUGCAGGGAUUCAUACAUCAACACCACGCUGCAGGUGGUGCAGGCCCACAUCAACUCCUCACAGGUGCUGUGGCUGCCUUCUGAGGACAGGGAGUUGGUUCAGACUCUGGAUCCAGAGCUGCAGCAAACAUCUGGAGAAAAAGCUUCGAUCCAGGAACUGACAGACGGACACAUCAGCAGACUGAACCUGCACUACAGCACCAUGUCUCAACAACAGAUCAGUAAAUACCAGUCGGUGAACAUCAGUACGAACCUGUACGUGAUCAGUCAGCCGUGGCUCUACACGCUGGCCUGGUGUGCCGGAGCUCAGUCCGUCACCACCAACUCCAUGAGCGUCCUGUCCAUCAUCAACAAGCCGCUCUUCCUCAUGACUCCUGAAGAAUACAGUCUGAUGUGGAUUCUGACUGACGCCGUGUCUGCCUUCCUCAUCAUCGCCAUUUUCAUAUUCCACUGGUGGAGAGAGAGAGGCCUGACCUUCUGGUCUGGCAGUCGUCAGACUCAAGAGAACGGACCGUACAGCAAGUUCAGGACGGACUCUUCUGAGGUCAUCUGUGUUCGCUGGAGCCCGCUCCACUCUGACCCUCCAGCCGGGGCCCUCGUCUCCCUCCCCCUGGUCUUCAACCCAUGACUCCCUGCAUGUCAGCCCUGCAGAGCCCUGUCUGAACCCUAGCUGAGUGACGUGUGGUCGAUCUCCAGCGUCAACAUCAGGCCUGAUACCCGGAGCACGCCCAGCUCGCCCAUCACACCUCACCUGCCCACCAUCACAGAGGAGUGACGGAGGGAGAGAGAGAGAGAGAGAGAGAGAGAGAGAGAGAGAGAGAGAGAGGGAGGAAAGAUGAGGGAGAAGUACUUCAGAGGGAGUGUUAAAACAUGGUUUCAUUUCUGAAGCAUUUAUUGAUCAAAUUAAACAUUCAUGAGGAAGCAACAAUCAAAUCAGACUGAAAUUAAUUUAUUCAACAUUUACACUCAAAACCUCAAAAACCACAAAGCAUGUGGUUCAGGUUCAUUUCGAUCUUUACUGAAUUGCAAACAGUGGUGGAGGAAGUACUCUUUACUUCAGUUAAAGUACAAAGAAGUAGACAUAAAUGUAAAAGUACCAUAUUAUCUUUACUACUUGCACAACACAAAGUGCUUUAAAUUCAACUAACAACAAAAACAUUGACAAAAUCAAGUAAGGAAAUAAAAUAAAGAGGAAAUAUACUUUGUUACAUUCCACCACCGUUGGAGUACGACCUCAUCUGAUCGAGGUCUUUAAAUAAAAGAGAAAGUAAAAUGGUGAUGUUCACAAAUCAAAGUGACCAAGAAAAAUGAACAAAAUGAUUCAGACAAACUCUCGUCUGUCUCCACUUCCUGUGUCGUCCUCCGUCUGUGGGACGAGCUGAGCUGAGCUGAGCUGAGCUGAACUGAACUGAGCUGAAGUGAGCUGAGCUGAGCUGAGCUGAACUGAACUGAGCUGA